AUGCCGACCGUGGGAGUCAAACGCGACGAUCUGUUCGCGGCCAUGGGCCAGACGUAUACGGACGAGGAAUUUGAUGUGUUGUGCUUUGAAUUUGGUAUUGAACUGGAUGAUAUUACAAGCGAGAAGCAGCUCAAGCAACGCGAGCAGGGACAAGACAAGGACUAUUCAGCGCACUCGGACGCUGUACUUUAUAAGAUUGACGUGCCGGCCAAUCGCUAUGACCUUCUUUGUGUAGAAGGCAUCAGUCGGGCGUUGCGCGUCUUUGUUGAGAAGGAGCGUCCACCUGUGUACACGCUAGCGCCCAGAGCCGAGGGUUCGCACCACAUUACAGUCAAAUCUAACACUAAGCUAGUGCGACCGUACGUCGUGUCGGCUGUGCUACGCGACGUCAAGUUCACUCAGGAGCGCUACGACAGCUUCAUAGACCUGCAGGACAAGCUGCACCAAAACAUUUGCCGUCGACGCACGCUCGUUGCUAUUGGUACACACGAUCUCGACACGGUGGAGGGACCAUUUACCUACAAUGCGCUGCCACCGAACGAGAUCAAGUUCAAGCCGCUGACUCAGGACAAGGAGUUUGAGGCCAAGGAAUUACUGGACUUUUACCGAACGAAUGUAGAGGUGAAGCAUAUUAAACCGUACACAGACAUCAUCUACGACUCGCCAGUGUACCCGGUGAUCACGGACACAAACGGCGUGGUGCUGUCGCUCCCGCCUAUUAUCAACGGUGAACACUCGAAGAUCUCGCUGAACACGAAGAAUGUGUUCAUAGAGUGCACAGCGACCGACAUCACCAAAGCAAAAGUUGUGCUAAAUACGAUGAUCGCCAUGUUCUCCGAGUACUGCGCCAAGCCUUUCACUGUAGAGCCUGUGCAGGUGGUCUACGAGGACGAAAGUGUGAAUGCGAACGAGAUGACACCGGACCUUAGCAAGCGCUCGGUGGAGGUGCAGGUCAAGAACGUCUACUCGAUGCUGUUCGGCAAGGGCGAGCCGGUGAACCUGGAUGUCGACCGGAUUUGUAAACUGUGCGACAAGAUGCAGCUCGACGCCAAGCCUUCGGCUAAUGGAAACACUAUUAUUGCGGCAGUCCCAAUUACGCGCUCGGAUAUUCUACACCCUGUGGAUGUGAUUGAGGACAUCGGCAUCGCCUACGGCUUCAACAACAUUCCGCUCACGAUCCCUCAGACCCAGACUAUCGGUAUGGCUCAGCCCCUUAACAAGCUGGGCGACCUUCUGCGUGAUGAGAUCAGUCGUGCUGGCUACAUUGAGCUACUUACCCACGGACUGUGUUCACACAAAGAAAACUUUGAGUAUCUGAACCGUGAGGACGACGGCCACUCGGCUGUUGUGUUGUCCAACCCGGCCACCAUUGAGUUUGAGGUUAUCCGCACGUCGAUGUUGCCUGGUGUGCUGAAAACUAUUCAAAACAACAAGGCCAUGUCUGUAAAGGAGGGUCUGAAGUUGUUUGAGGUCUCCGACGUCGUCGUGAUUGAUAACAACACGGAUGUGGGUGCCAAGAAUGUGCGUCGCAUUUGCGCUGCCUAUACUGGCCCCACCGACGGCUUUGAAGUCAUUCACGGUCUUGUUGACCGCAUCAUGCAGUUGAUGGGUUAUCAAUCCGAGUUGAUGAUGUCCGCUCGCACAAAGGAGUACUACACCAUCACGCCCGCGGAGGAGCUUACCUACUUCCCCGGCCGUUGCGCACACGUGUCAUUGCAGAAAGAAGACGCCGAGCCUCUGCGUUUGGGCACGUUCGGUGUACUGCACCCGGUGGUGCUGAAGAACUUUGACUUGCUGAACCCGACCUCCGUUUUGGAGAUGGAUUUGGAGCCUCUGGUCUAA